AUGGCUGAAACUGAACAGAAAAUUGGAGGAGUCCGACUCAUCGAGGGAGAGGAGGUCUUCGGUGUUGCCCACUUGUUUGCUUCUUUCAAUGAUACUUUCGUGCACGUUACCGAUCUUUCUGGACGGGAAACUAUUGUCCGAGUCACCGGAGGAAUGAAGGUUAAAGCCGAUCGUGAUGAAUCCAGUCCUUACGCUGCUAUGCUUGCCGCACAAGAUGUUGCUGCACGCUGCAAAGAGCUUGGCAUCACUGCCCUUCACAUCAAGGUUCGCGGAACUGGAGGAAACAAAAGCCGUAGCCCCGGACCAGGAGCCCAAUCUGCAUUGAGAGCGCUUGCACGAAAUGGAUUGAAGAUCGGACGAAUUGAAGAUGUUACUCCCAUCCCAUCUGACUGCACCCGUAGAAAGAGUGGACGUCGUGGACGCCGUCUAUAA